UGAUGGGAGGGGUGCCGCUUGCAGACAGGAGACAGGAUCCAUGGCAACAAUCAUGGCAGAGACAGAGACUCGUCAGAAGCUGCUGCGCACCGUCAAGAAGGAGGUGAAGCAGAUUAUGGAGGAAGCCGUAACCAGGAAAUUUGUUCACGAAGACAGCAGCCAUAUUGUGUCCUUUUGUGCUGCAGUGGAGGCAUGCGUUCUGCAUGGGCUGAAACGGCGAGCAGCAGGCUUUCUGCGAAGCAACAAGAUAGCGGCACUCUUCAUGAAGGUGGGGAAGAGCUUCAUCCCAGCUGAGGAGCUGUGUAGGAAGGCCCAGGAGCUCGAGCAGGUUAUGGAGACAAAACGAAGUCAAAGCUUGCAAAGUCAAGACGGCCUUCGCAAGAUGCCUCGACUGCCCAGCCUCAGCCCACAGGGAGUCAAGAACCUGUGGAUCCGGACGGCUCUAUUUGAGAAGGUGCUGGACAAGAUUGUCCUCUACCUGGUGGAGAACAGCAGUAAAUACUACGAGAAAGAGGCUGUGCUAAUGGACCCUGUGGACGGACCUAUCCUUGCCUCUUUGUUAGUUGGACCAUGUGCUUUGGAGUACACAAAGAUGAAGACAGCCGACCACUUCUGGACAGACCCGUCUGCUGACGAGUUGGUGCAGAGACAUCGCAUCCACGGUGGCCACUGCAGACAGGACUCUCCCACUAAGAGGCCUGCACUGUGUAUCCAGAAGCGGCACUCCAGCAGCAGCAUGGAUGAACGCCCUUCCCCCUCGCCAUCAGCUCGUGAAUAUGUGGAGUCGCUGCAUCAAAACAGCAGGGUGACCCUACUGUUUGGCAAAAACAAUGUGCUCGUACAACCGAGGGACGACAUGGAGGCUAUCCCAGGAUACCUCUCUAUGCACCAGAACGCUGACCUCAUGACCCUGAAGUGGACACCGAACCAGCUCAUGAACGGCUCUGUUGGAGACUUGGACUACGAAUGCAGUGUAUACUGGGACUAUGCAAUGACGAUCCCUCUCGGGGAGAUAGUUUACUUGCACUGUCAUCAACAAGUUGACAGUGGGGGGACGGUGGUGCUGGUCAGUCAGGAUGGGAUCCAAAGACCUCCACUUCGCUUCCCAAGAGGAGGCCACUUGCUCCAGUUCCUCUCUUGCCUGGAAAACGGCCUGCUUCCCCACGGCCAGCUGGACCCUCCACUCUGGUCCCAGAGGGGAAAGGGGAAGGUGUUUCCCAAGCUGCGGAACAGGGUUCCUCAGGGAUCUGGAUCCUCAGACUCGGUCUCAGAUAAGGAGGAGGACGAGGCCACAGACUAUGUUUUCCGCAUCCUCUUUCCAAACAGCCAGUCAGAGUUUGUGACUCCACCAGACUUGAUGGAUCAGGGAGCUACAAUGUGGCAUCCCAGUCUCAGGAAGUCCUCGUGUUCCUCUUGUUCUCAUGGGAGCUUCUUUGAUGGGGCGACGCCCAAGGGGUGCAAUCAUGAGAGGGCUCCUCUGAAGAUGCUGUGCGACAACAUGAAGAAUCAGAUCAUCUCUCGGGCGUUUUAUGGCUGGUUGGCAUACUGCCGUCACCUGUCCACUGUGCGUACACAUCUCUCUGCUCUCGUCAAUCACACCAUUGUGGCUCCCGACGUGCCGCGUGAUGCCUACAAAGGGCUCACCACAGACGUGUGGCAGACGUUCCUCCAGGACUGCACAGCAUACGAGGAGAAGGAGCUGCUUCGUCUGGUUUACUUCGGUGGUGUGGACGCCUCGCUGCGUAAAGAGGUGUGGCCUUUCCUGCUGGGUCAUUACCAAUUUGGAAUGUCAGAAGUUGAGAGGAAGGAGGUGGAUGAACGGGUCCGAGCGUGCUACCAGCAGACCAUGCGUGAGUGGCUCGGCUGUGAGGAGAUUGUCCGCCAGCGGGAGAAGGAGCAGCAUGCUGCGGCAUUAGCGAAGUGCUCUGGAGCAAGCAUGGACAGUUCCAGUCAGAAGAUGACCCACCACAACUCCACCAUCAGCAACGAGUCCCAGUCCUCCCAGAGCUCAGACAGGCAGAGUCUGGCUCGCCUGCAGAGUGACUCCAGCAGCAGCACACAGGUGUUUGAGUCCGUGGAGGAGGUUGACCAGAUCGAGACGGAGCCCAAGAGCGAAGAGGCCAAACAUGUGCAAAAGAUACCCAAUGGAGCUCUGCAGAACGGGCCAAGCUCUCCUGACUCAGGACAUCCCUCCUCCCGCAACUUUUCAGUCACCUCCGGGCUGUCGGACGGCUCCCUCAGCACAGAGGACAGCGCUGCACCUGAUACAAUCCCGAGAUCUGCAGCUGUCCCUCAGGCGCCACUGAGCCCCGUCAAACCUGCAGGGGUACAGAGUGAAGGUCUGACAGAGGAGAUGGACAGCCAGGUGAAAGGUAAAGUGACAAACAAGGAGGAGGAGGAGAAAGCACCUGUGACUAAAACUGCAGAAAAUACAAAGACUGAGGAGCUGGUAAGCGCCAACAAAAACACCGUUGAGGAGUCUGGAGUAAUUAAAACAGAGGGGCCCAAGUGUGAAGACAAAGAUGCACUGUCAGACAUAAAAGGAAUUAAAUAUUUAGAGUCAGGGAAAACAGAAAAAAAAGUGCCCGAUGAGGAAACUAUGAUGGUAUCAGCAGCUGCUACAGCAUCAAAAGGAGAACUUGUUGCGCUUAAAAAAGAAGAAGUGAAUAUUGAGGAAAUGUCACUGCUUAAAAAAGCAGUAGAAACAAAUGUGGAAAUGGACGAAUUAAAGACAAGUAAACCUCAAGAGUUUUUAUUGGCAGAAAGGAGAGAAAAUAUAUCUGUUGAUCCAGUGGUUACCGUGAUUGAAAAGAACCUGGUUUUCUCAGCAGACAGCGGGGUUUCGAGAGCAAGAGAAGCCUACUUUGUCUCUCAGACAGACGAGACUCAGGUCAUGACUGAAUCGGAUGAGUCUCCCUCAGCCAUAGAGAUGGAGGAGAUCCCCAAAGCCAAAGUUUCCAUGGUGCCUUGGAGCAGGAAGGGACGUUGUGAAGCAUCGUCUUUCUCUGAGGACUCGGCCCCCCAGUUGGAGCCCAGGCAGGAGGACGAGCAGGGAAAGCCCAGUCCAGAGGAGCCCGUCCCGUGUGAGGAGCCAGAGAUGGAGAGCCUUUACCCUAACUUUGACUCUCUGGCCGGAUCUGGAGACACUAAGAAUGAAGCGACCUCUCAAGAAUCAGCUGGGAGUACCUUCUCUCAAGAGCUUUUGGACCUGUAUACGUUAAAUCUGAACCGCAUUGAAAAGGAUGUCCAGCGCUGUGACCGAAACUAUUGGUACUUCACUCCUGCCAACCUGGAGAAACUGCGCAACAUCAUGUGCAGCUAUAUCUGGAGGCACCUUGACAUCGGUUAUGUACAGGGCAUGUGUGAUCUGCUGGCUCCACUUCUAGUCAUUCUGGAUGAUGAGGCCAUGGCCUUCAGCUGUUUCACUGAGCUCAUGAAGAGAAUGAAUCAAAACUUUCCACACGGAGGAGCUAUGGAUACUCACUUUGCCAACAUGCGCUCUCUUAUUCAGAUCCUGGAUUCUGAGCUGUUUGAGCUAAUGCACCAGAACGGAGACUACACCCACUUCUACUUCUGCUACCGCUGGUUUCUCUUAGACUUCAAGCGAGAACUGGUGUACGAUGACGUGUUUGCAGUGUGGGAAACCAUCUGGGCUGCCAAGUAUGCCUCUUCUAGUCACUUUGUUCUCUUCAUUGCCCUGGCGCUGGUGGAGAUCUACAGAGACAUAAUCCUGGAGAACAACAUGGACUUCACUGACAUCAUUAAGUUCUUCAAUGAAAUGGCUGAGCACCACAACAUCAAGCAGAUUUUGACCCUAGCCAGAGAUCUGGUGUGCAAGGUGCAGAUUCUGAUAGAGAACAAGUGAUUGUGCUCUUUGUCUUCUUUUUCCUUCCAAGUAAAGUGUGAACGGCUGUAGCAGCACAAGACUUAAAUACAUCUGAGUACACAUGCUCUCACACACACAAACACACACACACACACACACACACACACACACACACACACACACACACACACACACACACACACACACACACACACGUACACACUACGCAAAGCCUUUACAAUCACAGUUUGCUGCUAUGAGCCUUUUGACUGUAUCCACAAUGUUGUUUGUGUUGUCAACCGGUGUAUGAGAAUAUUAUGCUUCAUAUUUGUCAGUAUGUUCAAGUGAAAACAAACGUAUCUGAAAAAGCAUUUCUUUAAUUUCCAAAUAUUUUUGUCAGAAAUACCUUAAGUGUCAAUCCUAAUCCGAGUGCACUUAAUAUUUUGAGAUAAUGAUGGUUUUAGUUGCACAUUUCAAACCAAAAAUGCAGAGCUGAAUUCCACCAGAGACUAUAUUUAUGAGAGAAAUACAUUGUGAUAAUAGUUUAUAAUACUUAUUUUAAUAGUCAUAGUCUGCCAGAUUAAACUUUAAAUAUAUGAGCAAGUAUCCCCCAUACUCGUCAGCAGACUUUUAAUUGGUGACUGAUUCAGAAGACUGGCUUGUAGUCCAAAAUGUUACUUAAACUCCAGUUCUGUUUAACACACAAUAUUAUGAAUGAUUUAGCUUUUAGCACCAUGUCAGUGAGUUAGCAUCCAACAGUGUUUUUAAUGUUUUAAUUGAACUGCCUCGUCUGCCAAAUAUUGUCUUUAUUUGUUAUGUGUGAACUGUACUGUAAUGAGAGAAAAAUGUGUUUAAUUUAUGAGGAUUAUAUUAUGUAAAAUCAUAACCUAAUAUUCAUGUGACUUACGGAUGUCUGGGCGAAGAUUUAUAUUAAGCAACAAGCCUGAUUUGAUAGCCUCUUAAGUUAUUUUCCAUUAUCCAGUACUGUAUAUUUUGUAAAUUGUGCAGUUUACUCACCUUGAUUUUUGUCUUGUAUUGUCUGUUUGUUGAGUUUGUUAAUUUCAGCUUCAAUAUGAUUAUGAAUUGGGAAGAUCAGAUGAGACAGUGAAAUAAUUUAGUCACAGUGACCAAAUGUAAAGUUUAGUCGUGCGACGUUAUUUAGAUUAUUUAGUGUGAGAGUGGUUUAAACAGAGAGAUCAAAAGCAAAGGUACAGAUGAAGUUAGGAGUGAAACUGUAUUAAUGUUUUGGCCGAAUUGGGGCUUGUGAAGACAUACAAUAUAUAUGCUUUUAAUCCCUGAAUUAAUACUAAUGUUGGCCUCAGUUACCAACAUUCAUGCUUGUCAUUCAUUGCCUAGAACUUCACUCAGUUGGUCUUCAAUGUUGUUUCAUGAAUAUGAUAAGAUUAACUGCUUUUAAAAUUGGUGUUUGUGAAUGAUAACUGCUGUCGGAAAACCUUUAUUGUAAAAUGUAUUAAGUAUUUAUUUAUUUAUUCAUUAAUUUUCUCAUUCAGAUGCUGCUUUGUUUGUAAAGCUGAUAUUUUUAUUUUGUGGCCAGUUCUAAAUGUGUAUUGUAAAACAAUCAAAUUCUAUACUAAGAGUUCCUAUAUAUAUAUAUAUUAAAUGGUAUAUGUUCUUAUAAUAAAACAAUAAAAAUGGAAUCAUUGUUAUUUUUCCAAAACAUUU